CGAAUGUAUUUGUCGACAAAUGAUUGAAAAGACGUAAAGCUGUUCGCGAACAGUUUUGUGAGGUUGAAUUAAAUCUCGAAAAAGAAAAUUAAUUCACAAUGACUUCUCGAUAUAAAAAAGCCCGUAAGAAUCUUGCGUUUUACACGCACAAUUACAAAUUUCAUCAACCAUUUCAAGUUCUCAUCGAUGGAACAUUUGCGUCUGCUUCGUUGCAGAACAAAUUCAACAUACAGGAGCAAAUUAAGAAAUAUUUUCAGUCUGAAGUAAAACUGUUAACAACACCGUGCAUUAUUUCGGAAACCGAAAAAUUAGGCGCAUUUUCUUCCUUAGUUAGCGGUGCUAUACAAAUCGUGAAGCAGUACGCUAUACACAGAUGCGGACACGAGAAGAAUCCAAUAAACGGUUCAAGAUGUUUGCUAUCAAUGAUAGGAAGGGAAAAUAGUUCAAGAUACAUUGUUGCCACGCAAGAUCGCGAACUUCAAAAAAAAUUAAGAACAAUUCCGGGAGUACCUUUAAUGUAUUUACACGGGAAAACACCCACACUGGAGUCCGCUUCAAAAGCAAGCCGUGAAUAUGCCGAAGCUGUGCAAAAAGGUUUAGGUAUGACUGUUUGGGAGAAAGAAAACGUAGAGUUGCUGCGAAAGAAAGCGGGAAUAAUAAACGAGAAUAAUAGCAAAUUGAAGAAGAAGAAGAAAAAAGGAGGACCAAAUCCACUUAGCUGUUUGAAGAAGAAGAAGAAACCACAACCACCCGCAGUAUCAAGCAAAACUGGAAUAAAAUCUGGUAAAGUCAGAAAAAAGAAAAACAUAAAAAUAGCAGCCCAUGUUAAGGACGCAUUAGCAACAGAACUGAAAAGUAAACAUAAAACGUAAGAAAUUAUUUAUAUAUGUAAAAAUUGCAUAUUUUGAAUUUGUGUAUUACUGUGAAUAUAAUUUUUAAUAUAUUUUUAAUAAAAUCGAAACGUUAAAGAAAGUUUAAAAUACAUA